AUGUCAUCGCGUAGCCCCCCCCCGUUAUAAGUCGCGGCGCCGGGCAGCCGGCUCGCGGUGACGUCACGGGGAGUCGUGUUGAGAGAGACAGAGAGCUGCAAGAUGACGACCACCACCACCUUCACGGGACUCGACGAGGCCAAGCCAAGCUCCAGGGUGCUGAAGCCACCUGGCGGGGUCUCUAGCAACAUCUUUGGACCGGUGGAUGAUGCAGCGGCGCCGUCAGGCGCUCAGAAACCCAAGAAGACGUACUCGAGCAGCGUGUUCUCGGGCGCCGAGGAGAGCCAGCCCAUGCAGCGCCGUAGCAACCCCCCAGGUGGCAAGAGCAGUGGCAUCUUCGGUGACCCCGAGCCGGCGCAGAAGCAACAGCAGCGCAGCAACCCGCCCGGUGGCAAAUGCAGCGGCAUCUUUGGCGACUCCCAGGCGGCCGGGAAGGCCAGGGAUGCGCAGGACGGCGGCGGCGGUGGCUCCAGGGCUGGACAGGGCCCCGGAGUGGACGGUGAGAAUGGCCAAGGCAGUAGCACCGAGAAGGAGCAGCAGCAGGAGGUGGCGGCGGCAGCAGCAGCUGACGACGACGAAACAAAACCCAAGACGACAGAGACUGACGUGGUGAAGGAACCCGUGGACACCCACGAGCCCCGGCUGGGACCCCCGCCCAGGGCGCAGACUCGCAUCAGCCAGCCGCCCGGCGGGAAAUCGAGCAUCUUCUUUUGCUGAACGCGUAGCAGACGCGGGGCCGGUUGGGGUCACGUCGUUGUUUAUUCGGGUCACACCUGACCCCAAGACCGGUGGUUUGGUUACCGGGGGGGAUGUGUGUUAGGCUGCACCACUGCUACGAUAGGUAAAAUAAUAGACGAUUGAGGUAAAAUUCACGAUCGCAGUUUGACAGGGUACACGUUAAGAAGAAUUUUGGGAGGUGUUUAAAAGUGAAAAGGGGUGUUCUAGAACCAGCUGCGCCCGAGAUCGGCACGUGGCCAUCGAUCGCAAGGUGACGGCGCUGGGGCCAGUCGCGUAGCGGAGUGUACCGGCCCACCCUGGCAACCAAACCAUCGUCGUUGCCAAGGAGAUCCUUCUGUCCCUUCUACCCUGAUGCAACCCCAAGUAAUUGGAUUUAAACAAAUUGGCCUUGACAGAAACUGUCAGGCGUAUGAAAAGCGCUUCGAACAUGACGUUACUAAUUGAUGUAAAGUCUGGUUACUGUUUUUGUUGACGUUUUGGCCGUAAAAAAGGCUUAUCCAUUAAUGCGCUGGCAAUCGUUCAGUCCUCGGCUGGAUCUCUGUGCCCAAAGCUUCCUACACGCCACGCUGCCUGGUGCCUUAAACCCACGCGGCUGUUCUGUGACGGGUUUGCCUUUGUCAUAUUUCCAAUUAAAAACAUGACAAAUUUUAAUGGGAUCGAACUCUGUGACGGUAUUAAAUUCAUUCAUAUUAAUCGGCAGCCAUUUGUACGUGCUUUGGUUUUUGUACUUUUAUUUUUUUAAAUUCUAUCUGCGAAGUUGAAGCGUUGCGCCAACGGGACCACAACUGAACCUUUUGAAAGAUUUGGUGAAAGAGAAUACUUUGUAGAAUUUAAGAGGUGACGGAAAAAGGAAAAUAAACUGAGCAGGCCGAGGUUCGCUCGGCUUGGUGCUGAUAUUCUCCUGCGUUUGUUUACAUUAGAAUAAAAUGCGACGCUUCUCUCCUGGCAAACGUAAAGCUCGCGCACGUAUGCGGCACCGCGUUCUCUCACUGCCCCCCCCUCCGCUGCUGCCCUCGCUACGUUUGGCCAAACUCGCCGCACCUCUUGCGCUCUCAACGCUUUGCUGUGCCUGUUCCUGUGCCGUCGCCGCUACUUGGCUGCUGCCCAUUGCUUGCUUGCUUGCUUUUGAUGGCCGCACCUUUGCUUGUGUCUUGCUACCAAAUAAAGCUGCUGCAUUUACUGCAAAAUG